UGCUUCGAAAUCCAUCGAUCUUCGGCGACCAAAAGCAGAUGAAUCUUCCGGUGAGGUUUCCGUUCUGAUUGCGCCGUCACCUCAGACCCUCUCAAUUCCCUGCAAUUCUCCACCCAGCGGUGUCCACUUGAGCUCGGAUUGACGCUGCGUGAUUAAUUCAUCGGAAUAGAAAGCUACAGCAUCUGAAUGGAACUAGCUGAUAGAGCAGUCGGGUUCUUGUUAUCAGUGAUCAGCUUAUCCAUAUUCACUUACUAUACCUUUUGGGUCAUCAUCCUGCCAUUCGUAGAUACCGAUCAUUUCAUCCACAAGUACUUCCUCCCCCAGGAAUACGCCAUCCUCAUACCCAUUUUUGCUGGCGUGGUGCUGCUGUCAUUCCUGUGCUUAUUCAUCGGGUUCGUGAUGCUCAAAUCCAAGAAGAAGAAGAAAGCACAAUAAAAGAUUCCUCUUUCCGCGCUUUCUCACCUCGUAGGUUCUUUUGCUAGUCGAUUGAAUUUCUAUAUACACACACGGUAUCAUUUGUCAGUAUGACACACUAAUAGCAGCGAAUACCUUUAACUUUAGGUGAUGAAAAUCUUUCAUCCUGUCUCUAGUUUGUAUGUUGUUUUGCUCUUGUGAAUCAUUAUAUGUCAAACUGAGCUUUGUAGCUUGACUGAGUAUCUAUUCUUAAAUGCUACCGGAUAUAGACUCGUUAAUCUUGGUUUGAAUGAAUGUUUCACGGUACAAUCUUUCCACU